AGUCAAGUCUCAACGUUCACCGAAAUAUCGAAAACAGUUUUUCGCUCUCUCUCUCUCUCUCUCUCUCCAUUGAUUCAGAGAGGGUAAUAGCUAGGGCUAGUUCGAAAUUACUCACUCCAAUCUCCUAGCUCUCUAGGGUUCCUUUCGUCUUCAUUGACAGAUCUUCAAUCCUACCAUUCCUCCAACUCUCUCUCUCUCUCUCUCUCUCUCUCUCUCUGCCCUAAAUUCAAAAUCCCAAUCAUUCGUUUCCAAAGCCACUCCCGUGUCAGAGUUGGACUUCAACACAGACCCCAUUCAACGCGCACAGUCUCAGUCUACCACGUUGCGAUACUGUUCCAAGGUAGAAAAUUUGGGUCUUGUUGUUCAUAAGAGAUUUCAUUUUGGGCUAGGGUUUGGGUUUUGUGGAUAUGAUUAAGCAGAUACUGGGUAAGCUCCCUAGGAAAUCAUCCAAAUCAUCUCACACUAAUUCUAACAAUGAUGGCCCGGUUUCGACUCCGAAUUCUGGGAAGGCUUCAAAUUUAGGGUCUGGCACGUCUCGCUCUAGCAAUGGAACAUAUGCUCCCAGUAUGAGUAAACCAAAUCAAGGGAAGAAAUCGGGUCCCGCGGUUUCCCAAACGGGUCCGGUAUCAAAUUCUACUGCGUAUGAGGCUUUGCCAAGCUUCCGCGAUGUUCCCAGCUCAGAAAAGCAGAAUCUUUUCAUUAAGAAGUUGAAAAUAUGUUGCGUUGUGUUCGAUUUUAGUGACCCUUCAAAGAAUAUCAAAGAGAAGGAUAUAAAGCGACAGACAUUGCUUGAACUUGUUGAUUAUAUCUCCUCCGUGUCUUCGAAAUUCAGUGAGGUCACAAUGCAGGAAAUUACAAGAAUGGUUUCCACUAAUUUGUUCAGAACUUUGCCAUCAAACAAUCAUGAGAACAAGUUAACUGAUAUGUAUGAUGCCGAAGAGGAAGAACAGACUAUGGAACCGUCAUGGCCUCAUCUUCAGAUUGUGUAUGAAUUUCUUCUUAGAUUUGUUGCUUCGUCGGAGACAGAUGCCAAGCUUGCUAAGAGGUACAUAGACCAUUCAUUCGUGUUGCGAUUGCUUGACUUGUUUGAUUCCGAGGAUCAAAGAGAGAGGGAGUACUUGAAAACAAUUCUCCACCGAGUUUAUGGGAAGUUUAUGGUGCAUAGGCCAUUCAUUAGGAAAUCCAUCAACAAUAUCUUCUACCAUUUUAUUUUUGAGACAGAGAAGCACAAUGGGAUAGCAGAAUUGCUUGAGAUAUUAGGAAGUAUAAUUAAUGGGUUUGCUUUGCCUUUAAAGGAAGAGCAUAAGCUUUUCCUUGUCCGCGCUUUGAUUCCACUUCAUAAGCCAAAGUGUGUGGCCAUGUAUCAUCAGCAGCUUUCGUAUUGCAUCACACAGUUUGUGGAGAAAGACUUCAAGCUAGCUGACACAGUGAUUCGCGGUCUUUUGAAGUAUUGGCCAAUAACUAACAGUUCAAAGGAGGUUAUGUUCCUCAGUGAAUUGGAGGAAGUUCUUGAAGCCACCCAGGCUGCAGAAUUUCAGCGUUGCAUGGUCCCUCUUUUCCGUCAGAUUGCACGCUGCCUCAGCAGCUCACAUUUUCAGGUGGCUGAGCGUGCCUUGUUCCUCUGGAACAAUGAUCACAUUGGAAAUCUGAUCACACAGAAUCGUAAUGUCAUACUGCCGAUAAUUUUCCCAGCCUUAGAGAGAAACACAAGAAGUCACUGGAACCAAGCUGUUCAGAGCCUGACACUGAAUGUGAGAAAGAUAUUUUCAGAUACUGACCAAGAACUGUUUGAUGAAUGCCUCGAAACAUUUCAAGAAGAUGAGAUUAAGGAAAAAGAGGCUCAGCAGAAGCGCGAAUCAACAUGGAAGCGUUUGGAAGAUGUGGCAGCCUCCAAGGCUGUUGUAAGCAAUGAAGCUGUACUAGUAUCUAAGUUCGCUUCUACUGUUGCCUUGGCUACCAGCAAAAAAUCGCGAACUGUAAGUACUUGAGAGCAGAUGGAUAUGGAAAUCAGGAAUUAAAAAAAGGGCUCUCAUCAGCUCUCAACGAACCCAAAGGGUGCAGUUUACGGAUCAACAAAUCCAAAGGACGAAGGUUAGGAAUUGGCAUGUUUCGCACGAGUUUGCAAGCUGAUUGUGAAGUGAACUUUGGGUUUCUGUGCAUAUUGAGGUGACUCUUGUCACCCCGUUACGCAAUGGGUUGUUUGCGUAUUCCCUUUUUUCUUCUUAUGAUGCUUGUAUGCCUUGGAGGUGUUAGUGUGUAGCAUAAGGAAUCUGAGUUAUAGAGGUGAAAAUUGUUUGUUUUAUAUUUAUUUGGUGUAAUGAGGGAAAGUGACUGCUGCUUUUGUGCUAUUGUGCUUGCAUUGGCUUGCUUUCAUUUAUGGUGGUGGUUUGGUGAAAAA